AGCAUUUGGUUCAAUUAAGCAUCUUUUAUAUUGUGAAGAAAAAGAAGAAACUAAUUUUAAGCAACAAAUAUGAUACGACUGCGUUUAACAAGAACCGUUCUGAACACAAUACUUGCAUCAUUGAACUGAAUCUGAGCUCCGAGAGCACGAAGAAGAAUCAGUUAGUUAGUUAGUUGAAGAAAUGUCAGUUCAAGAAUAUCUCGAUAACCACACGCUCUCCCGUAAACUCGAAGACGCCGUCAAUGCCGCCGUCAGAGCCAAAACCACCGAUCCCGUUCUUUUCAUCUCGAAUCACAUGAAAAAAGGAGUACAAUCGGUAAUCACAAAAGUGAAAGCGAGACAAAUCCUUGAUAGUAGAGGAAUUCCAACUGUUGAAGUCGAUUUGUAUACUAAUAAAGCUAUGUUUCGUUCUUCGGUUCCCUCCGGCAACUCCACCGGCAUGUAUGAGGCUGUUGAGUUACGGGAUGGGGACAAAGGUGUAUAUCUGGGAAACGGUGUUGCUAAAGCUGUUAAAAAUAUAAAUGAUAAAAUCUCUGAGGCGUUGAUUGGUAUGGAUCCAACACUGCAGUCCCAGAUUGAUCAUGCUAUGAUAGACCUCGACAAAACAGAAAAGAAGGGGGAACUUGGAGCAAAUGCUAUAUUAGCUGUGUCCAUUGCUGCAUGUAAAGCUGGGGCUGCUGAAAAAGAAGUUCCACUGUACAAGCACAUUGCUGACCUGUCUGGAAAAGCAAACCCAAUGCUUCCUGUUCCUGCUUUUACUGUUAUAAGCGGCGGAAGACAUGCUGGAAAUAAUCUGGCCAUCGAGGAAAUCAUGAUUCUUCCAAUUGGAGCAAGCAGAUUUGAGGAAGCACUUCGAAUGGGCUCUGAGACCUAUCAUCAUUUGAAGGCUGUUAUUACAGAAAAAUUUGGGCCACAUAACUGUAAUGUUGGUGAAGAUGGUGGCUUUGCUCCUAAUGUCUCCAGCUUUAGAGAAGCCCUGGAUCUUGUAAAGGAGGCCAUUGGUAGAGCCGGUUAUGAUGAGAAAAUAAAGAUAGCACUUGAUGUCGCUGCUACAAAUUUUUGUAUUGGUAAAAGAUAUGAUCUGGACUUUCAAUCUCCUCAAAAGUCAGGACAGGAUUUUAAGUCAGCAGAGGAUAUGAUGGAGUUGUACAGGCAACUAUGUGUUGAAUACCCAAUUGUAUCAAUAGAAGAUCCAUUUGACAAGGAAGAUUGGGAACAUUUCAAGGACAUCUCAAGUCUUGCAAUUUGCCAGGUUGUGGGGGAUGAUCUCUUGAUGUCAAAUGCAAAGCGCAUUGAGAGAGCAAUAACUGAGUCUGCUUGUAAUACUCUUCUUCUUAAGGUCAACCAAGUUGGAACUGUUACAGAGGUCAUUGAAGUAGUGAAACAGGCGAAGGAAGCGCAUUGGGGGGUGGUGACGUCUCACAGAAGUGGAGAAACUGUAGACUCUUUCAUAGCUGAUUUAUCUGUUGGCCUUGCUGCUGGUCAGAUUAAAGCAGGAGCUCCUUGCAGAGGAGAGCGGCUAGAAAAGUAUAAUCAGUUACUUCGGAUUGAGGAGGAGCUUGGAGAUCAAGCAGUUUAUGCUGGUGAAGAUUGGAGGCAGUAAGAACAAACAAUUUCUUUGGGUUGAUUUUUUGAGAUGCUUUCCUUGCGAGUUUGAUAGGUUGAAUUUGCUGUUCGAAAGAAAAAAGAUAGAUUGAAGUUCAUUGUAGUACAAUAUAAAUACUUUUACAAUGUAUUUUUUUGUUUGUACCAAAUUUUUACAUAGUGUUGCCUCAAUUGUGCUAGUAGAUUUCAGCAACUGUAUGAAUGAGUAUUUAGAAAUAUAUACAUGAGAAAAUGCAGCAAACGAUAUUGGUCAAUGAAAUGAAUGCAAUUAGUCAUUUUCCACGUUUUA